AACUGUCCCGGGACUCUGAGCGGCGCCUCUCCCACUCCCCUUAGCUUCCUUAGGAUUUUGUUUCUCAGGGAUGGCCGCAUCUAUUCUGGAGGUAGGGAAUGUAAUUGAAGACGCGCGCUAUGGCUCCAGUCCCCUGGCUAUGCUAACCGCCACCUGCAACAAGUUCGGCAGCACCAGCCCCGUCAGGGAUUCGGCGACACCCGGCAAAACCGGCAGCAGCACUCCAGCGAAGAAGCCCUACGUCAUGACCUCUGACCUUCACACGGCGAAGAACGGCCGCACCGCAGACAGCAGCGCGCUGGCCGACUCCUACACCGGCUCCUUCACCACAGCUGGAGGCGGCGGCGGCGGCGGCAUGCUCACCCCCACCGGCAGCCCCCCUCCGUCGGCCGGCGGCUACGCCACCGACUAUAACCCCUUCUCCCAUUCCUUCCAGACCUCCGUCUCACAGGACCCGUCUCUUCUAGUGUCCAAGUCCCACGCGACGGCGGACUGUCUCACCAGCGUCUACACCUCCCUGGACAUGACGCAUCCCUACGGCUCCUGGUACAAAACCGGCAUCCACCCCGGCAUCACCGCCGCCCAGGCCAACGCCACCUCCUCCUGGUGGGACGUCCACCCCAACUCCAACUGGCUGUCGGCCACGCAGCCGCAGGCCGACGGCGGGCUGCAGGCCUCGCUGCAGCCCGUGGCGCCGCAGGCCUCGCUGAGCCCGCAGCUGCCCAGCUACAGCACCGACUUCACGCCCCUCAACCCGGCCCCGUACCCGUCUGUGGGCCUGGGCUCCUCCUCGCACCUCCUCCAGUCCUCGCAGCACAUGCUGCCCCAGGACAUGUACAAGCCGAAGCCGGUGGCCAGCGCGGGGCUGAUCGAGAACCCCAUGGGCCUGAAGCCCGGCAGGGGGUCCGGGGGCUACAGCGGAGGGGCCGCGCCCACCAGGUCCUCCUGCGACUGCCCCAACUGCCAGGAGCUGGAGAGGCUGGGGGCCUCGGCCGCGUCCCUGCGGAAGAAGCCGGUCCACAGCUGCCACAUCCCGGGCUGCGGCAAGGUCUACGGCAAGGCCUCCCACCUCAAGGCCCACCUGCGCUGGCACACCGGCGAGCGGCCCUUCGUCUGCAACUGGCUGUUCUGCGGCAAGCGCUUCACGCGCUCGGACGAACUGGAGCGCCACGUGCGCACGCACACGCGGGAGAAGAAGUUCACGUGCCUGCUGUGCAACAAGCGCUUCACGCGCAGCGACCACCUGUCCAAGCACCAGAAGACCCACGCCGACGCCGCCAUGCCGGGGAAGGGGGCGGCGGAGGGGGAGGCGGAGCGGGGCGAGGACCCGGCGGAGAUCAGCGCCGGCGCCGGCGCCAACGCCAACGCCGGCGCUGAGCAGAUCACCAACGGAGAGGAGAAGAGCGGCACGGCCAACGGGGUGGACAACAGCACUGGACUGUUGGAGAUCUGACUCCAUUAGCUCCAUUACUAUCAAUACUACUAUUCUGAGACGUGGUGGUUGAGUCCUAAGUAGAAAAAUAAGGACAGUGUUUGUUGAACCACACACAGAGGACACUAGACCGACCUAAAAGACUUGUUAUAUUAAAUGAGUGAACAUUCUGUGGGUAGCAAUCAUUUUAUAAUGAGGUCAGCGCGCAGGAAAACACACGCACACACACACACACACACACACACGCACACACACACACGCACACACACACACACACACACACACUUACGUGAGCCAUCGAAGAUGAAAAUGCAAAAGCAUAAUGCGCUCAUGCACCAGUCACACGCUAACGAGCAAACCUGCACACGUUCCGAUGACACGAACCACUGGGGAAAUUUAAUCCGCAGGAGCCAAGAGGAAAAGGGCUCAGAAGCCGCAGGAGGAACGCAGUCGGAGGAGGAGGCGCGUGUCGGUGGCGUUGACGGAGCAGCUCGUGCCCAGGGAAAAAUCCGAAACGCAGCCGCGCUUCGACACCAACCAAAGGACACUUUCACUCACUGCUUCUCGUUGCCAAAGACAUUCUGGUGUCAAAAGGGUUUUGCAUUUCACUUUUGUUCGCUGUUUGCUUCUUACUAUGUCUAAUUUAAUUUCAUAUAUACAUAAUCUAAUUUAUGUCUUAAAUUAUACACAUCAAAGAUUAUCUUGCAGCCUGUCGGAAACAAAACGCCUGGAAAAAAAGAAUGCAAGAUGGUUGAAGUUGGCCAAAAAGGAAAUAAAAUGCAUUAAAUUAAGACUUUUCUUUCUUAUUUAUUAGUUAUAAGUGGAGUUUGGUGUAUUGUUAAAGGUUUAUUUAUAAAUCUUGAAGUUAGAUGUGCUUGUAAACUAUUUCUAUAUAAUCUUUUAAUUGUGAAGUCUUCCACACCUGGCAGGUAAUAAUAAUAAUAAUAAUAAUCAGGGCUCUUCCUUGUUUGUACAGACUAUAUAUUUACUGCAGUCUAUAGAUGUUGUUAGGUGUGUUAUUUUUCUACCUUUUUUAUAUCCAUGUCUGUGUUUCGUGUCACGUCCCAGAGGUUACAGGCGCCGGUCGGGUCACAGACGUUCACGCAUUCACGCUGUAUUGUCGGCCAUGAUGUGGUAGAAGCUGCCAGUGUUGCCCUGUUGUGAAAUCAGUGAAUGAGAUACUGUAAAUACUGAUGAAGCAUGACACCCUGCGAAGGUGCAGUGUCCGUGUAACAGCGGUGGCGCGCAGCCACGACGCCUUGGUGCUUUUAAAAGUAAAGACAUUCUAAAAGUG